AUGUCGGGAGCCGAGGCGGCGAUCGCAGGCAUAGGAUUUCUCUGCAAUGCGAUGCAGAUCGUCACUUUCGGCAGAGAUAUCCUCCAAGUUUACAAACACGUUCGGGAUGAACACAGCCCUGACCCCAGGCUGAAAGCUUAUCUCGAAAACGCGAAAGCUUGCUUCGAUGAUAUGAACAGCUCAACUUCUCAGGUUCUGCCGUCGACCCGAGACCAACAGCAGAUAAUUGACAUCGGCAAAAAGCUGGAAGAGUCCAUGACCCAGCUGCAAUCAAAAUUCUCCGAGCUUCAUAUUGAUGAUACAUGCAGACGUGGAUUCCGCGGAAAGGUUGAUAUGCUUCGAAAGGCUUUAGCAUCUUUAUGGCAAGGAAAGGAACUAGAAAGUCUUGAGACAAAUCUCAAGAGAUACGAGAGCCUUCUCCAUGGUAUCGUGCUGCACCGCAUAUGCAGCCAGUCACAGGCCGCAGAAAUCAGCUCAAAAGAUGUGUUUAACAAACUCGAUACCGGCCUUCAAUCAAUCAUUACACAGCUGGCUGAUGGCUGCACACGGGUCUCCGAACUUUCAAUCGAGUCACUCAAGACAAGAAACCUAGUUACCCAGGAGCAUAAAUCGACACGUGCAGUCAUUAUUGAAGGCUUCACCACUGCACAGGGUGCCAUUUCCAGUUUCCGUGACUCGAUGACCCAGGAACUUCAGGAUAUAGCCGGACGCGAUCAGAGCAGGAACUUCGAGAAAGAGCACAAUGAACUGCUCCAAUGCAUCCGGUUUCCUGAAAUGAACAGCCGAAAAAAUCACAUUUCUGAAAACUAUCCUGGAACCUUUGAUUGGGUCUUUGAGAACCUGGACGAUGAUGAGGACCUGGACGAUACGCUAGACUCACCAAUGCCGGCCAAUACGACAAGGCCAGCAGAUCUUAAUUGCUUUCCUGCCUGGCUAGAGUCGAGUGCCCAGCAGUUCUGGGUUAGCGGCAAGCCCGCUUCUGGAAAAAGCUCGCUUAUGAAAUUCCUUGCGAUCAAUCCCCUCACGUUGCAACAUCUGCAAGCCCAGCAUAGGAACAUACAGAUCCUUACCCACUAUUUUUGGAAACCAGGGCAGCCACUGCAGAAGAAUGUAGAAGGCAUGACACGUUCCCUUCUAUAUCAACUGCUUCACAGAAACCGUGGUCUCGCCCAGCGGUUGUGCGCCGAACAGCCGACUAUCCAAGAUAAGAAAGAUCAUGGAGAUUGGGAUAUGAAUGAGCUAAAGAAGGCCCUCUGCUGGGCAAUCAAGUUUUCAGGCAACACGUUUUGCAUUUUCCUUGACGGACUGGACGAAGCUAAAGAAUUCGAGGACCUACCGUUCGGUGACAAUCAGAAUACCCAAGUUAUCUACGACUUGCUUAAACUCGAUAACAUCAAGCUGUGUGCAUCCAGUAGGGAAGAAGAUCCUUUUAUCAGGUUUUUUGCAGGUCAACCCCGCCUAAGAACCCAUCGGCUUAAUGAGAACGACAUCCGCCAUUAUGCAAAGAAUAGGCUAGAAUUAUCUGGUCUAUGUUCUCAUCAUCGCUUUCGACUUCUAUUGACUGUCGUACAAAAAGCAAACGGCGUGUUCCUCUGGGUGGUCUUGGUAGUCAAGAGCCUCAAUCAGGCGAUACGCUCAGGGGGCACCAACGAAUUCGAGGAACGACUCGCACAGACGCCAUCAGAUCUACACGACCUCUUGGUCGACAUGUGGAGUCGCCCCGGAGAUGAGGCCAAGUUAUCAACUUACGAACUUGAUGCUUCUCGCAUCUUCAAUUUAGUUCUUACGGCAACCAAGAUCGGGGUUUCCGGCUAUACUGAUAGUUCCGAGAUGAUACCUUUUCAUUGGAUGCGAUCCACACUUGUCAUGGCUACAGCCCUGGAGGACAAGCCAUUCCUGUCUGUAUUAAGAGAAAGCGGACAAAUACAAGUACAAGAGCUUCUGGCUAGAUGUGCUAGAGUGCAGGACCGAUUGCGGUUGGUUUGCCGAGGUCUCCUUGAAGUAACGACACCCGAAGACGUCGAUCGCCCUUGUGCUGGAAACGAAGCUCUUUACAAGUAUUCUCUGAGAAGGAUCGAUUUCAUACACAGAUGUGCAUUCGACUUCAUGACUGACACGCAAUUUGGACGCCAAUGUCUUACGCUCUGUCACUGGUCAACAAUUGAACAAGUCGAAAGGUUGCUUGUCGGCCACCUAAUCAAAUCCCGAUUUCUACGCUACAAGUCAAAGCGCUACGAUAUGCAGAUAGCAGGCAAACGGACACGUUCGGGAUCCAAUUGUGAAUUCUUCCGGCCUCCAGCGUUGAAUAUUUCCCUCAACUGGACCGAUUACGACAUGUAUUUCCGAAAUAGUAUGUUCAAGGAACUGAGGGACUGGCAGCAGCGUGGAUUAUUUUACUACGAUCACUUACAUUUGGAGGGUUCGAUAUUGGCCCCAUAUCCUUCCAACUCGAGAGGGUUGGACUUCAUUGAACAUGUCGUCAGGACAGCCAAUUCAGGCGCUCUUCUUAGCGAUCUGCUAGACCAAGUGUCUGAUGUUUCUCUGCUAGAGGCUAUUCCUGCUCUGCUUUGCGCCUUGGUGAACUAUAACGGGUCUAUAGCAAUGGGGUCGUGCUUGAACUUUGUUGACUACGUCCUAACCCGCCUGGAAAGUGAGACUGACAGAGGGCGGCAGGACGUUUCCUCGCAAGGUCAACGUGACGUGAGAAAUGAAACAAGGCUUCUGCAUUCAUGGUUUGUGAUGCAAUGCCUCCACGGUAUAUCUACCGAUUGGAGCAACGACAGGCAUAAGAUCAUAGACCUACUGCACCGCUUUAGCCACACUCUAUCUUUACCAAGUGAUUGGCAGCGCCCGUUAGUUUUGGAAUAUGGCGUUAGUGAUGAUUUAAGCGUCCUUCCAAAGAGUGGCGAGGAGCAUGAAUUUGGAUUCCGUCAAUAUACCCUAGCUAUUGGUAAUUUCGUUACUGCUUACCACUUACUUGGUCAACGGUUACCAGAUCUGGUAGGCUGUGCUCUACACAUCCGACCUCCGCAAGACGCCAAGGGACGAUUUGAGAUAAUUGUAAACAGACUGAAUGAAGAUUCUUCGGAUGGUGACAAGGAUUCUUUUCACUUGCAGGAGGUUAUCAUCGGGGUUCGGGAUAUCGCCGAUUGCAUAAAAGAGAACCUGCCAGAAAGCGGCUUUUCUACUUAG